CCCCAAAUACUUUCCUUUUUCUCUCCCCUUCCCACAAAAUGGAAGCCAUGACCAGAGCAAAAAUAUAGGGAAACUUAGAGAAAUUCAUCCCACUCAAAGAUACUCGCAAUUUUGAACAAUUCAAUUUUGUAUUGUUGUGAUCCUAAUUUCGAAGAAAUGUUGGCGGAAUUACUAUUUGUGUAGUUCAAAAUGUUUUACUUUUAGCUUCUGACGGAUUGUGUGCAGGUCAUUCAAUAGUUUGUCAAUUACGAGUAGUACUUAGCUUGAUUUGUGGCUAAGAAAAAGGAGGGUUUAGGGUUCGCGAAUCAUGAGUAGAGCGAUGGAGAGUAUACAGGAUCUAAUUGAAGAAGCUAAGCUUCGAACUGUGUGGUGGAGUCUCUGCAUAUUCGCUGUGUCUUACUUCUUGACGCAUAGUAGUAAGUCAAUGUUAAUGAAUAUUCCCAUAGCCAUACUCUUGGUCUCUGGACUGAGAAUUUUGUUAAAUGAGGUUGAAUUCCGAUGGAAGGUUUGGAACAACAGGACAGCAUCGUACUUAUCACACUUAGAAAAGAAGCAGCUAUCAGUAAAUGAUUCCCGACUCACUACUCCGCCACCUCCCAAAAAGUGGAAAAGAAAAAUAGAUUCACCCCCCGUCGAAGCUGCUAUUGAGGAUUUUGUCAACAAACUUCUACAUGAUUUUGUCACAGAUUUGUGGUAUUCAGAAAUUACACCUGACAGAGAGGCACCAGAACUAAUAUAUGCUAUAGUCAUGGAUGUUCUGGGAGAAGUAUCUGCUAGGAUCAAAGAAUUGAACCUUGUUGACUUGUUGACAAGGGAUGUAGUGGACCUGAUAGGGGAGCACCUUGAUCUCUUCAGAAGGAACCAAGCAGCUAUUGGUGCAGAUGUUAUGGGGACAUUGUCUUCUGAGGAAAGGGAUGAAAGGUUGAAACAUCAUCUCCUGGUUUCUAAAGAGCUUCACCCUGCUUUGAUAUCGCCAGAGAGUGAGUACAAGGUUCUUCAACAGCUCAUGGCUGGACUUUUGGCGGUUGUCCUGAGACCAAGGGAAGCUCAAUGCCCUUUAGUUCGCUGCAUUGCUCGCGAACUCUUAACUUGUUUGGUAGUGCAACCCCUUCUGAAUUUCGCAAGUCCCUCGUAUAUUAAUGAGUUGAUUGAAUAUAUUAUUCUUGCCUACAAAAAUGAGGGGUUCAGUGGGUCCUCCAGCGACCAAUCACCUAAUGCAGGGGGUCAUAACCCUGACCACCAAGUUUCGAGAGAACGUGGUCAAAGCAGUGAUUCUAAUUUGAGAAAAAGAUCGUCUCUGGACAAUCAAGAGGCUAGUUUAUCAUUGGCUCGAUUGGAUCAUGACAAGGUACUAGAGUCAGGUAGCUCAGGCAAUCCGUUAUCUAGUAUGACCGAGAGUGAACCAACUCAUAUACGACAUGGUGAGUGGGCUAAACAGUUUGAGGCUGCAACUCAGAGAAGAACAGAAGUUCUUAUGCCUGAAAAUCUUGAAAACAUGUGGACUAUUGGAAGAAACUACAAAAAGAAAAUCCAGAAAAAGGCUGCUCGAGGUGUUCAGGCUUCAGGAGAUCCAGAUUCAGUUAGUGACCCGUCACCUACACAGGAUUUGGUGACUGAAGUUUCCAAACAGAAGCCUGGACAAUAUCCUCGAAUAGAGGACAAAGUUUCCAUGCAGCUACCUCCCAGGCCCCUGCAGGAAUCGCAGUCCAAUAGCCUGAAUGUUGAUGCUUUAAGCACUUACCAAGAACAUAAUAUGGAGGUGGUUCCAAAAGGAAGAUCUUCAGUUUAUGAACUGGAUAGCCCUGCUGUUAUUUCUUAUGAAAACAGAAAUAAGCUUAAAAGAUCAAACAGCACCUCUGCCUUGACAGUUCAGUUAAACCGGGAAGAUACGUAUACAAGUGAAGGCAGUACACCUAUCAUUAAUGAGUUCUACAGUGCAGAUGGUAAUAAACUUAAUGUACAUAACCUGAUGAGCAAAUCGGAUAUUGUGUUACGUCAUGAAGGAGUGCAUGCUUCAAAGCUUAGAUGUCGGGUUAUUGGAGCAUACUUUGAGAAACUUGGCUCGACAUCUUUUGCAGUUUACUCAAUCGCUGUUACAGAUGCUAAUGGAACCACUUGGUUUGUAAAAAGGAGGUAUCGGAACUUUGAGAGAUUGCAUAGGCAUCUUAAGGAUAUUGCCAAUUAUACAUUACAUUUGCCUCCCAAAAGGAUAUUCUCUUCAAGUACAGAGGAUGCUUUUGUCCACCAACGCUGUAUUCAGCUAGACAAGUACCUUCAAGAUCUCUUAUCAAUUGCUAAUGUAGCAGAGCAACACGAAGUGUGGGAUUUUCUUAGUGCCUCCUCCAAGAAUUACUCUUUUGGGAAAUCUACGUCUGUGAUGAGAUCUCUGGCAGGUAUGUGCCUUCUCUUUGUUGGAUCCUUUUCAGUUAAUGUGGAUGAUGCUGUGGAUGAUAUAUUACGUCAAUUCAAAGGGGUUUCUGAUGGCCUUAUGAUGAAAGUAUCUGGCUCACCCUCAUCUUUAGCGGGAGAAGGUUCUUCUGUUACAAGCAAAAACUUGCUAUAUAAUGCUGAUGAUAUGAAUAAAUUGGCCAUCAGGCCUAGUAUGUCAGAGUCAACUAACAGUUUCUCAGACAACGAAGAAAGUGAGAAAGAUCUAAACCUUGGGGAUCGGGAUGUUGAAGCUGCAAGUCGAAAUAGAGGGUGGCAUUCAGACCACGAGUCAACCUCAGAGGGGUUACCACAGAAGGUUGUUAAACACAAUGCAGUGGUAACAUCCAUUCCACAAGAUACUCUAACUGCGGUGGUAACAUCCAUUCCACAAGAUUAUAUGCGAAAUGUGAGGUUGAAAUCUGAAUCAAACUCUGAUAGAUAUCUGGAGUCUAAUGUAGUGGUAACAUCCAUUCCACAAGAUGCUCUAACUGCGGUGCCCCCAGAGUGGACGCCACCAAAUUUAAGCGUUCCGGUUCUGAAUUUAGUUGAUAAUGUAUUUCAACUCAAAAGAAGGGGCUGGCUGAGGAGACAGGUAUUUUGGAUAUCAAAACAAAUACUGCAGUUAGUCAUGGAAGAUGCCAUUGACGACUGGCUUUUAAGGAAAAUCCAGUGGCUCCGUAGAGGGGAUGUUGUUGCACAAGGGAUUCGAUGGGUCCAGGAUAUUCUCUGGCCGGAAGGCACAUUCUUCCUAAGAUUGCGUGCUCAACAAAAUAAUUUGGAAACUACUCAAAAAUCUCAGCAAACUACAAAACAAGCAGGUGGCAUGAGAGCUACUCAAUCAGGGUCUUUUGAGCAACAUCUGGAAGCUGCCCGCAGAGCUAGCUUUGUGAAAAAGACGUUAUUCAAUGGUGCUCCAACCACUUUAGUCAGUUUGAUCGGACAUAAACAGUACAAACGGUGCACUAAAGAUCUCUACUAUUUUCUUCAGUCCACAGUUUGUCUGAAGCAACUCGGCUAUGGAAUACUCGAACUUGUUCUAAUAUCAAUUUUCCCCGAACUGGAGGAGCUUGUUUUGGAUAUCCACGAAAAAUCGCGAUCUCAACCAGUAUAGAAGAAAUUCAAAAAAAUCUUUUUUUAGUCCUAACUCAAUCAUGAAAGAUGGUUAAGCCUCUAUCAUCAAUUCAGGGGUGACGCAGACUUUUUGUGGAUCAGUUCCAAUUUUGUUGUACAAAAUGUAAAAUAGCCUAUGUACAGCUAUCUAUUUUUGUGUAUAUGUGACUAUUUGAUCCUUCAGCAGUUAGAAAUUUCUCUGAGAAAAGUUAGAAAAUGAAAAGGAACGAAAAUCAUCGGAUU